CGAUAGGAGGCGAGCCUCCCCGAUAAGCGAUCUUAUAUAUUUGUUCAGUCAGUUUGCCAGAGCAUAGUCCUAUCUCAGAAACCUCUCGAUACAGUAAGUAUAAGGAAGAUGUUGCCAAUACUGAUAGCCUUGCUGAUCUGCUUCAUAGCCUGGUGGGCCCUACAGCCGAACCGGAGGCUCAAGGAAGCCGGUGAUAAGAUACCAGGGCCUCCUGCAGCGCCCAUUGUUGGAAAUAUUUUCAACUUUAAAGUCUCAGGACCAACUUUCGUGACUAAUUUACUGGAGUCACAAGAAAAAUAUGGAUCUGUCUACAAGAUAUGGUUAGGACCAACCCUUCACAUCUUCAUUUCCGAACCAGAAGACAUACAGAUGCUCCUGACAAGUAAUACUCUAAUCACCAAGUCGAUCGCCUACAAAAAUCUAAGGAGUUGGCUGGGAACUGGUCUCCUCAUCAGCACAGGAGAUCUCUGGUUCAAAAGGAGGAAGGCAAUAACACCAACCUUCCAUUUCAAGAUCCUGGAAGACUUUGUAGCAGUAUUCAACAGAUGCGCUGAUAUCCUUGUCAAUUGCUUGGAAGAACAAGUCGACAAGGGUCCAUUCAAUAUCACAGACUACUUGUCUAAUUGUGCUCUUGAUACAGUGACUGAGUCAGCAAUGGGAACGAGAAUAAAUGCUCAGACUGAUCCUAAAAACGAAUAUGUCCAGUCAAUUUUAGACAUGUCACACGUUACGACUAAAAAAAUCAACAACCCUAUCUACCAAAUGGAGCCAGCCUACACAUUGACAGGCACCAAGAAAGAAGAGCGAAGUCUUCUGAAGAUAUUGGAUUCACUUCCUGAUCAGGUAAUCCAAAAGAAAAAGGAAACAGCACAAAAUGGUAUCACCAAGAAAGUCACUGAGGAAGUUGAAGGGGUAAAGAAGAGGACUGCAUUCUUAGAAUUACUACUGAAUAUGUUAAAGGAUAACCAUCCAGCAUUUCAAUCAGAACAAGAUGUCAAAGAUGAAGUAACAACAUUUAUGUUCGAAGGACAUGAUACAACCACUGCAUCUCUAUCUUUUACUAUGUGGUUCCUUGGCAGACAUCCAGAAAUUCAGGAGAAAGUCUAUGAAGAAGUAUCAAGCAUCAUUGGUGAAGAAGAAUUACGUCAAGAAGACAUAAACAAGAUGAAGUACUUGGAUAGAGUUGUAAAAGAAUCUCUUAGGAUAUUCCCUUCUGUACCUGCCAUUGGUAGGACCGUCACGCACGAUACUGUUCUUCCAAGCAAUGGUAUGCUUAUCCCUGCUGGCUCCAACCUGGUUGCGCAAAUAAUUGUAACCCACAGGAGAGCGGAUCUCUUCCCAGACCCAAUGAAAUUCGACCCAGAUAGAUUCUUGCCCGAGAAUGCAAAAGGAAGACAUCCCUACUCCUAUGUACCCUUCUCAGCAGGACCUAGAAACUGCAUAGGCCAAAAAUUUGCCAUGUUGGACAUGAAAGCAAUCAUCUCUAAAAUCAUUUACAACUACAAAAUUGUAGCAGAGGAAAAAUUAGAUACCAACUCAGCUUUGAUUAUCCGAUCAGAUAAUUCACCGAUGGUAACUAUAACCAGAAGAGAGCGCUAAAUUUAACAAAAUAAGUUAGUAUUUUUUCAAUAAUUUUGAAGAGAUUCAAGUUCGUGAUAGUAAAACAAACAUAUUAUGCUUGAAGUUCUUAAGAAUUUUUUGUCCCUUUCAACCAGAGAAUCAUAUGGAGUUAAUUAAAUGGAACCAGGAACUGCUUUCUCAUCUUAUGAAUUGAUGUUCUUAGCUUUUGUUUGAAAGGUGGUGGAAACUGUUACUUGUAUUAUGAAAGUAACAGGUAUAAGACUAUUGAAAGCGAAUGAAAGUGUAUUUUACUAUUUGGAAGAACUGAAUGUAUUUUUAAUAUUUUAUAACUGUGAUUCAUUUUAGAUUAAGGAAAACUUUUAUAUUGUUUUAGACUGUUUUUUAUAUAAAUAAAUAUAUUAUUUUUUCUUAUUG